GACAGACCUGCAUCUCAAUCUACACUUUUUUUUUGAUACAUCCCUCUCUCUCCAUCUCUAUGCGAUUCAAAAACAGAGUUUGGGAGAUUUAUCGCGAAAACCUAAAUCGAUCCUGAUGUGAAAUUCAGUUGCUCUGAUUCUAGGACGGCGACGUUCGAUUAGUUGGAUUUCUGUCUGGAUGAGCUGAGGAGAAGAAGAACUAAUCACGAAAUUUCGAAAUUCUGUGCUAUAAUAUACAGAUAUACUCCGUUUAAUAGUUCGCUACUUUCUCGGGAAAUGCCAAGUAUUGGUGUGAAACUGUAUAGCGUAUUCUUCAAAUUCAUGCUCAAGCAUCGCUUGCAGAGCCGAUUGCAGGCUCCGGAAAACGAUGCUGUCGGUGGCACCGGCGGUACCUUUGGGGUGACGUCACGGCCGUCGGAGGAGUCAGCGGCGGCUGCCAAUCCUUUGUUCACCGAUGGCGUCGCGACCAAGGAUGUUCAUAUCGAUCCCGUGACUUCGGUAUCUGUUCGUGUUUUUCUUCCUGAAACCUGCCUUAAUUUCCCUGACUCGAAAUCGAAAUCUGGUGGUCCCUUAUUAGAUCAAAAUCGGUCACUUACUCGUCGAUAUAGUCACGGAUCGUUGGAUAAUAGUGUUGUUUCCGGCAGCAAUGCUGUGAUUGUGAAGAAUGUUGAUAGCAGUCUUCGAAGAAGUAGUUAUGGAUUUAGUGUUGAUGAUGCGAAUUUGAAAUCUGAAAAUGGAACCUACAGAGGGUAUAAUCCUGCUGGGAGAGGCAGUCGGCGGUUGCCGGUGAUGCUGCAGUUUCACGGUGGGGGUUUUGUUAGUGGGAGCAAUGAUUCGGUGGCGAAUGAUUUCUUCUGUAGGCGGAUUGCUAGAUUGUGCGAUGUGAUUGUGUUGGCUGUGGGCUAUAGGCUGGCUCCGGAGAAUAAGUACCCAUCUGCAUUCGAGGAUGGAUUGAAAGUGCUGCACUGGCUUGCAAAGCAGGCGAAUUUGGCGGAAUGUACCAAGUCGUUGGGCAGUUCAAAGGGAGCAGGGGUCGAUUUGAGGAGGUCAGAGGGUAAUUGGCAUGUCGCCGAUGCAUUUGGAGCUUCCAUGGUGGAGCCCUGGUUGGCUGCUCAUGGAGAUCCAUCCAGAUGUGUACUUCUCGGAGUGAGUUGUGGAGCAAAUAUUUCUGACUAUGUGGCAAGGAAAGCUAUAGAAGCCGGUAAGCUUUUGGACCCAGUAAAGGUGGUAGCCCAGGUUUUGAUGUAUCCCUUUUUUAUCGGAAGUGUACCAACACACUCCGAGAUAAAACUGUCAAACUCCUACUUCUAUGACAAAGCAAUGUGCAUACUUGCAUGGAAACUCUUCUUGCCAGAAGAGGAGUUCAGCCUGGACCACCCUGCUGCCAACCCGCUAGUCUCUGGUCGAGGAGGACCUCCUCUGAAGCGGAUGCCUCCAACCUUGACUGUGGUGGCCGAACAAGACUGGAUGAGGGAUCGAGCGAUUGCUUACUCAGAAGAGCUUCGGAAGGUGAAUGUUGAUGCUCCUGUUCUCGAGUACAAGGAUGCAGUUCAUGAAUUUGCUACACUUGAUAUGCUUCUUAAGACUCCUCAAGCUCAGGCCUGCGCGGAGGACAUUGCCAUCUGGGUCAAGAAGUUUAUCUCGUUGCGUGGUCACGAGUUCUCUUAUUGAAUCCUUGCAAUGGCUUCAGCACCAAUCUUCCAUGACCGAGGUGAUUGGUGAGCAUCUGUUGUUGGAGUUUGUACAAUCUUUAUUUGUAUAUGGCUCUCCAAGAUGACAUGACCAAGCUAGUUGGUUGGUGAUUUCAUUUCACUUUUUCCUUGUUUCUUAUCUGAGAUCAGAAUCUAGCUGAGUUUAAAAGCUGCAACUUGUCAAUGAAUUUUGUAUGUUGUCUUAUUCUUUUAUUAUGUACAAUAGGUAUAAAAUUAGUCAAAAUUGAUGAGUUGUGUAGCAUCCUUGAAUGCAAUGAAUAUGACCUUUUUUCACAA